AUGACGCUGCGCGUGCGGGACGGGGGGGCGGAGGUCGGCCAGGCCGUCGUCUCCCUCCGCGCGCUGCUGACGCCGCAGGUGUAUGACCUUUUCGAGCCCGUCACCGUCCCGCUGGUUCGCGUCAAGCUGGAGUCGAACAGCACGCACUCCACCCCGAUCGGCAGCCUGACUUUCUCCAUCGCGCCCUCGGCCUACGAGCGCUACGCGCCGCCGGUCUGCUUCCCGGGCGCCGUCGUCCAGGACUUUAGCCGGCCCUACGUGCGCUACUACGAAAAGCGCAUCGCAAAUUUUAUGCGGCACUACAACGUCGGGGAGUUGGGGAGGCUGCAUGCGUAUUUGUACGAUACUUACGUCGCCAACGGGACCUGGCGGAACGGCCUGCCGGAGUACCUGGCGCAGCUCGUGGAGAAGUGGGGGGAGGAGGUGAUCCCGCACGAUGCCGUGCCCCCGAUCGACUCGAUUAGCGUCGGUGGGACGCUUUAG